UUCCGGCCGCCCCGCUCCGGCCACGCUCGGGAGUUUCCGGCCUCCCGCCGAGCCGUGCCCAUGUCGGACGCGCUCUCCGCCGGCUGCCGCUCCGAGCCUCCGGGCGGCGACACCGCGCCCCGGGGCCCCGCAGAAAAUGAAGACUCAGCCCAAAAGACAGAGCCUACAGAUCAGCUAGUUGAUUCUUUGGAGUCCAAUACUUCACAGAGCGGGUCACAGGCUGGGGCGCACCUGAGCACGGGCACAAGAGAGCAUUCAAAGGAAGAAAUUGAUACUCUGGGGGACCAGAAAGUGGCUGAACUAGAAGAGAAGCUGCCUGACCAAAUCCAAUCUCUCAAAAAGGAAGCUGUUCCAGUAACCAACUACCAUGUACCUCAGGGAGUAGGGGAUAUAGUCAUGAUUCAGUCAGAUCACACUGGUGCUGUGGAUAUCCUCUCAGCUGACCUGGAGACUGCAGACCUCCUUGGGGAGCAGAGAAAAGCUCAGCCUCCCCCUCUGGCUGCACCCACCAUGUGGACCACAGAGAAGAUGAAGGAAUUCAAAGCCAAGAUGGGAAAGGAGAAGAAUGGCCGGAUGGUGGUGAAGCGAGGCGAGGUGGUGACAAUCCGUGUGCCAACCCAUCCUGAUGGGAAAUGCAUUUGCUGGGAGUUUGCUACGGAUGACUACGACAUUGGGUUUGGAGUCUAUUUUGACUGGACCACAGUUACUAGCACUGCCAUUACUGUUCAGGUCAGUGAAUCCAGUGAUGAGGAGGAUGAAGAGGAGGACGAGGAAAUAGAAGGACUGUCCCCUGCAGGUGACGUGGAGCGGGGUUCCAGGAGCUAUCUGCGGAACCGCUAUGGAGAGAUCAUGCCAGUGUACCGCAGGAACAGCCAUCGGGAGGUGCAGGCAGGCAGCCACGAGUACCCGGGCGAGGGCAUCUACCUGCUCAAAUUUGAUAACUCCUACUCUCUGCUCCGCAAUAAGACUCUGUUCUUUCAUGUCUACUACACUAGCUGAAGAAGAGGGAAGGGGCAAGGAUGGCAGGCAGGUGAUGGUGAGUGUAGCAGGCUGCCACCCAGCCCUGGUACUGCCUGACAGGCACUGCUGUGUGACUGAACCACGCUGCAUUUUGCCAGCGCUUCUUUGGACGUGAACUGGUUUCUCCCCACACCUUUCUUCCCCUCUGUCCCAGGGGAGAAAGGUAGUUGUGACUGCCUGGUUGUUCCCAGGCAGCUGCUCUUUCUCUAAGACUUCAGGAGGUCUGCUCCAUGCAGGCAUUGGGCUGGGCCUUCACAUCACAGCUGGCAAUUGCCCAGAAGCCACGUUCAGGUGAUUGUGGUUCUGAUCUGUUAUGCUGGUACAAAAUGAAGAGAAAAUAAUCUGUUACUAUUUUGUGAAUAACUUUUCCAACUCUCCUGCUGCAUCUGCAUCACUAGAGGGCAGCUGUUUGCUUCAGUGAGCCAGAAGCACAGCUGGCUUGUCACUUAGCCAGGGUAGCCUGUCACCUACCAUCGCCACAGCCGGUGCACUCAGUGCUUCCUUCACUCACGCCAGGGUGUGGGAGUGCAGCUGGCCAGCAGCAGCCCGUGCUGCAGUCGUUGGCAGAGCUACAACAGGUGGGCCCCAAACAGCAGUCACAGCUCAUGUUUGAGCAGGGGUGGGAGCAGGGUGCACACCUCAUAGUCCAUAGGAAGGCUUUUCUACAGAUUAAGAAUUGAAUGUUAUAUCUGUUGAUUGUAGGCAUAUGUAGAUGUUCAAAACCUCCCUGAUUACCAGAAGUUUUUUCUGUAAUCCAGAUGUGAACCAGAAGACAUUACUUAUUGCCAUGCUGAAUGAACACAAAAUGGUUGGAAUACAGCCAAUAAAUAUACAGGAAAUGUUUCGUAGCAGCAGGAUAUUGGUUCACUGGUAUAGCAAGUGAACCAUAUGUAGCAAGGAAAAGGCUCCCAGAAAAAUGCAGUUUGUCAGCUGCUAUUGCUGCUGCAAAGGUGUUGUUAGGAAGUUCCUUGGCAUGUUUUGGUGACUAGUGAUGGUAUUAGUUACCACCUUCUGCUUAAGUAGCGGCUGAGUUGAACAAGGAGAAGUUAAUCCAUCAGAGAUGAAUUUUAAAACAUGUUUAUUUCUAACUGUUGUUUAUUUUAAUACUUUUAACUUGGAAUUGUCCUCUUUUCUAAGAAUACUGCUGUAUUUACAUUUUGAUACCUCUUUGCAGAGACACAAAAUGACUUUCCAUGGUGACAGAACUAGAAAAGUUCUGAGUUUUAUUUUUAAAUCAUCCAGGUAAAGCACCUCUUCUUGGUCCAUUCCUUCUAUUGAGAGGAAAUGAUGGACAGAAUUAUUUGGGAUAGUUAAAGCCAAAGACUUUGCUCUCAUAGGAGGGCUGCAUAUUUCCUGUUAGGGGUAUAUUGUAAUGUUGUACAAUUUGCUCUAUAUUCAAGCUUAAUUUUAACUAUCUCUGCUUACUGAUUUACUGCUCCAGAGCACUUAGUAGGUCAAAAUGGUAAGAAGCAGUCAAUAUACAGUAGAGCGGCCCAAGCUGGGAGCAGGAGGACUGGAAAUUGGAAGGGCACUGCUUGGAACACAGUGGCUUUCUGGGAGAGUGGGCAAGGAGCAGAGCUGUUGCUGCUUUGGGCUCUGAGACGGGGAGAAAACAGUUACCUUCCUCAAAAGAGAGAGUGUGUUCACCAUAGUGGGGGGGAACUGCAAAGCUGCCUUACUCAAGGUCAAACACAGGGAGACAGAAGAGCAGGGAUUGGUAUCUGUCAGAGCCAGAUGCUCUUUCAGUUAGCAGCUUGGAGAGGGCUCUUCCUUCCCUUAACCUCUCAUGGAUGAAAUGAAGAACUAUCUACAGCACUUGAAUCAGGCCUGAGCAAUUUAGGUAAGGUGUUUGGUUGGGUUUUUUUUUCAUCUUUUGUCUAUCAAGUCCCUAGAUAUUGCUCAUGGAGUGACACACUUCACUUCUAACAGAGAAGUAGUAGUAUGUUUGCUGAUAUAAAACAUCCUGCUAGCUGGCUUAGGCAGUUAUGGAAACCGUUCUUAUUUAAAUAGAGAUCUUUGGAAUUAGACCUUGGGUCAAGAAAGAAAAAUAGAGUUUAAAUGCAGUUGCACUUCAAAGAGGGAAAUUAAUCCUCAGGAAAGGAAAAUUUCUUCUUCAUUUCUGUGGAAGGAAGAUUUCAAAUAGGUUUUUAAUAUAUGUUUGCUUUCCCUCUAAAUAUUCUCUAGAAAUUCAGAAAGCUGAAUCAAGGAAGAAGCUUCUUUUGCAUUUUGGGUUUGCUUUUAUGAAAGCACAAAAUUGUUUUCCAUUUUGUUUUGAAUAUAAUUUAGAUGUAAAUAAAAUUUACAUGUUCAGUCAGACAUAUAUCCUGUAGCAAAGGACUUGUAUAAAAUUACCUUGUGUAAGUCUUUAGUUUUAAUAAUGGUACUAAUCUGUUGAACAUUUUUUGUGUCAGAGAGGGUAAUAAGCUCUCCAUUGUUUUCUCUUUUUUGCUUAGGUGUAAUGUAGCAGCAGGGGUUUAAAGUGUAUGUGUUUUAUUGAGAACAGAGAGUUAAAAUUGCUUAAAUCAAGGACAACUACUGGUACUGCUUACAUGUACUCAGACUCUUUGGAGGCCUGUAAUACAUGUUCUCAGGAAGGGUUACUGGUGUCAGACAGGCUUGCGGCAACUUAAUGCUCGGGAGCCAUUUAAUAUGCAUGAACAGGUAAGAUGAAAAUGUUUCAAGAGGAGGAGCUUUGUUACCUGACUCCAGGUGCUGAGGAAGUCGAGUUACUUUGCACUGAGUCUGGAAGACAGCUGCAUGCCUUUCCUUGUGGCUCUAGCCUGUCAGCUUGUGUCCUUGUUCCUGUGUGUGCAUGUAACCUCCAUCUGUGGCCUGCAGUGGGUCAGGUAUUGUAGUGCUGGACCUGGUGAGGUGAAUUUGAGGUAAACCUUAUUACAGGUCUAGCUGCUGAAAGAUUUUGUUGUUCUUGUGGGGAAUUAGGGUAGAGAAUGAAUCCCUAAAUGAGUUCAUUUUCAUCCCCACUGCUUAUACUCUCCCUUGUCUGACUACCCCUAUUAAAGCCACUCCACAGAGGAUUUAUCACAAGGUGCCUUAGGAACAAAUAACAUGUCUGAAAUAAGAACCAUAGAUGUCAUUAAUACAAGAAAUUCCUUCUUAUUUCUCUGCCCAUUUGGGUAGGGGGUGGUACUUGCUAAGGGCAUGCAGGGAGAGCCCCUCUGGGCUCUGCCUUGUUGCUGUAAAAUGAGUAGUACAAUGGUAUUUGAAUUUCCUGGUGCCAUACAUUCUUUGCCUUCAUAUGCUGCUGUCAGAUGUCUAGGAACACCAGAGGACUACUCCUUUGGAUAUGCUGAUGCUAAACCCAAGGACCAGAGGAACACUAAGUAGACAUAGAAGAGUGUUUCUUAUGACCAUUCAUAAUUUUCUCUAAAAAGCAUGUUGAAAUCCAGAGUUGUGAGUAGAGUGUGCUUAUGUAUAUUGAGUGUGGAUGAGAGACCAAAGCAAUGAUUUUUU